UAGAUACACUUGUUUGUUGUUAAUUACUUCAUUUUGCGGUCCUCUCUCCUCCGGGACUGACUACCGGCACCUUUUGACUUUUACCUUCAAGAUCUCUCUUAGCCAAAGAAGUGUUUUGGGUUUAUUCAAGGAAUAGAAUAAGAUUGAAAUUUAUAUGGACUUACUGCAGUUUGACUUAUAGACUUUGGUGACAAAACAUGCAUCAAACAACAAUGGGAGAAUAUCGAAUUCACGACACUACCAGUGCGAAAGCGAAAAACGUGGAACUGAAUCAUUUUUCAAGACAGAAUUCCUUGGACUUUAAAAUGCAAACAGAUGCUCGCCUCUCGGACAUGGUCCCGUCCGACGAAGAUGAUGUUAUUUCAGACAGUGACUCUCUACUGAACAGCCCAACCUCACAAAGCAAAUUCUGCGACGGAGACCUUAGAGAUUCCAAAGACAAACUGAUGUCCUCAGAAAGUGGAAAAGAAUCCCCAACAAAUGGCGAUGAUUCAAGUGUACGUCGAUAUAGAACGGCUUUUACAAGAGAACAAAUUGGCAGACUGGAAAAAGAAUUCUACAAAGAAAACUACGUCUCGCGUCCGCGCAGAUGCGAACUGGCGAAACUUCUCAAUUUACCUGAAAACACAAUCAAGGUUUGGUUUCAAAACAGAAGAAUGAAGGACAAGAGACAGCGCAUGGCUAUGGCCUGGCCCUACGGCAUUGCCGAUCCACACCUAUAUGCCUAUUUAGCCGCAGCCGCAGCUUCGUAUCCGUACAGCAUCUCACCUUCCAAUUCAAAUCCAUUCAAUUAUUACUCAUCCCUCGGACUUCAGCGUCCAACAAAUAACAUUGGACAAUUUUCAUCCCCGGGACCUCUCAGACCCAGGUCCGAAAUCAUUCCAGGAAUGACAGGAGCCGCGCUUCUCCGAUCGUCUGCAAUGCCAAUCCCACACUCCAUUGCAACAUCCACUCAAUUAAACUGCAGCAUGCUCCCUCCUUCCGAAUCUUUGUUAAGUCACCCCCAUUCAAGUAUUGCCUGCUCAACUCACACGGACAGUUGUAACUGCAGUCCUCUCUUUGGCGGAAUUUCCAACUUGCCCACAACUCUGCCUUCCGUUCAGGCACCGAAAGCUCAUUCUAACACAACGUCACAAGGACUAUUUCGACCCUUUCAGUCGGACGUGGAAAGAUCGUGACACAAAUUAUAGAACGCUGGUCGUGCCCAGUAUUCAAGACACUUCGACACAAAUUUCAUCAUCAUCGAAACUUUUUAAUCAGAUAUUUCACACAAAAGUGCUCAGCCUGCAAUCAUGAAUUAAUCUUAUUUGAUUGCAGGUUUGUCAUCAUGAUAUUUCAUCUUUUUUUCUAUCAAUAUUUUUGUUUUGCUGUUUUUAAACAGGGUAUACAUGUAAUAAAUUAAAAUAACUUAG